GGGUGUAAUACAUGGUCAGUGGUUGAACAGCAUUAAGAAGAACAAGGAAUACCCACAUCAUUCUAUUUUGCAUAUCACAGGUUUCCAUCUAGCAGCAGAGCUGAGGGCGUGUGAGUGAUGGAGCUACAGAAGAUGGCCAAUGGCCACAGCCUCCCUGAUGACCUGGCCCCAGAGAAGAUCAUUCUGGAGGAGGGGUUUGAGGGAGUGGAGAGUGCAGAGCGUGAGGAGUUCAUACCACAUGCAGCUGAUGGAAAGAAAGUGGACCAGUUCACAGAUUUUGAGGGAAAAACAUCUUUUGGGAUGUCUGUGUUCAACCUCAGUAAUGCCAUCAUGGGAAGUGGAAUCCUGGGUCUUGCCUACGCAAUGUCUAAUACCGGGAUUGUCCUGUUCAUAGUCCUAUUGAUAUGCAUUGCAGUGUUAUCCUCCUACUCAAUCCAUCUUCUUCUCAAGAGUGCAGGAGUCGUCGGAAUUAGGGCGUACGAACAGCUGGGAAAACGGGCCUUUGGACAGCCAGGAAAAGUAGUGGCGGCCUGUAUAAUAGCUGUGCACAACGUUGGAGCCAUGUCCAGCUAUUUGUUUAUCGUGAAGUCAGAACUACCUCUUGUCAUCCAAGCACUUCUGGGGCAAACCGAGAAUACUGGAGAAUGGUACAUGAAUGGCAAUUACCUCAUCAUCAUCGUCAGCGCAGUGGUCAUCCUCCCCCUGGCUCUCAUGAAGCAGCUGGGUUACCUGGGGUAUACGAGUGGCUUUUCUCUAUCAUGUAUGGUGUUUUUCCUCAUCUCAGUCAUCUACAAGAAGUUUGUCAUUGAAUGUCCUGAGUUUGACGCGUAUGUUAAUAGCACAACAGAGCUCAUGUAUAGCACAGAGCACCCAUGGCACUCCACCACAACACUGCACUUCAUGGAGACGACCACGGGAGCCCUCGCUGCUGAUACUCACGAAUCCACGACCCUUCUUGCUGAGACUCUGACCACGGCCCUGCCCGAGCUCUCCGACCUGGUGGAGGACGUCACACAUUUUACAAGUACAUUGUACCCCUUGAUCAGCGAAACCGUCUCAGCCACUUUGUCUGACGAGCACUUAACCACUGCCUUGAUGACAACGGUCGCUGAUGUCACAACUGCGUCCACUGCCGACAUGGCUCUUGACAAUACUGACUAUUACACCACCUCAGCCACCACGGCGAAGGAACUAAUCACCAUGCCAACGCCGAUGAAGAUGGUCUCCCAUGAUGCACAUGGGGCACAUGAUGACACGUGUGAAGCGAAAAUGUUCACCAUCAACCUUCAGACAGCUUACACCAUCCCCAUUCUGGCUUUUGCAUUUGUGUGCCACCCUGAGGUCCUGCCCAUCUAUACAGAGCUGCACAAGCCAACAAAGAAACGUAUGCAGACUGUCACCAAUAUUUCCAUAACUGCCAUGUUCAUCAUGUAUCUACUCACCGCUGUGUUUGGCUAUCUCACCUUUUAUGACCAUGUGGAGUCAGAGCUCCUUCACACCUACAGCAAGACAGACACGUUGGUCCUCUGCGUGCGAUUGGCUGUGCUGAUGGCAGUAACCCUUACUGUGCCGGUGGUCCUCUUUCCGAUCCGCAGGGCACUACAGCAGUUGCUGUUUCCUGAUAAGCCGUUCACGUGGGCGCGCCACAUCAUCAUGGCCAUCUGCAUCCUGUUCGUUGUAAACCUAUUGGUCAUUUUGGUCCCCAACAUCCGGGAUAUCUUCGGUUUCAUUGGGGCCACGUCUGCUCCCAGUCUCAUCUUCAUCCUGCCCGGCAUAUUCUACCUCCGCAUCAUCCCUGAGGAACAGGAGCCAAUGAAGUCCAAAUCCAAGAUUGGGGCAGCUGCAUUUGCGGCACUGGGCUUCAUCUUCAUGAUCAUGAGCAUCUCCUUCAUCAUCCUCGACUGGGUUUCAGGAGAGACAAGAAGUGGCGGAGGACACUAGUUAUACGGAAAGAAAACACAACCGAGUGAGUUUCCACAGAUGGCCAUCCUAUAGUGGAAACGCUUUUACGCCUUCCCUGCCUUUGCUUCCAAAUCUGCAAAGUCACGUUCAAGCAGGGCUGGACUGGGGGGACAAAUAGGGUCCGGGCACUUUUGGCUUAAAGGGGGCCCCUCAUAAUUAGCGACGCAGAACU